AACUACAUUACCCAGCGGGCUUUGCAGCCGCGCACGGUGACUGACCAUGGAGAGGACUUGACCGUCGCCAAGAUGGCUGCUUUUGGGGAAGAGAAGCGUCUUUUUUUCCGAGGCUGAGAAAGGGACUGAGGAAGGAAGGGAACUGGGCCAGGCCUCGUUUUUCAGACUGGUUUUUGGUGGCUGAAUAGCUCCAGCGUGGCUCACCAUGGCGAAUGCAAGUCUCUCCCGCAUGAGCAUCGCUUCCCAGUUCUUUACUGGGGAGGAGGCUGCCGGCAUAGACACCAUGACCACUUCGGAGAGGGUUGUGGAUUUGCUAAACCAGGCAGCCUUAAUCAAUAAUGAAUCUAAAAUCACAAUCCUCAAACAGGUCCAGGAAUUGAUUAUAAACAAGGACCCCACACUGCUGGAUAAUUUCUUAGAUGAGAUCAUUGCCUUUCAGGCCGACAAGUCCGUUGAGGUGCGGAAAUUUGUCAUUGGAUUCAUAGAAGAAGCCUGCAAACGAGACACGGAGCUGUUGCUCAAGCUCAUUGCCAACCUGAACAUGCUGCUGAGGGAUGAGAAUGUGAACGUGGUAAAGAAAGCGAUCCUUGCUAUGACUCAGCUGUACAAGGUGGCGCUGCAGUGGAUGGUGAAAUCCAGAGUGAUCAACGACAUGCAAGAGGCCUGCUGGGAAAUGGUGUCUGCCAUGGCCAGCGAAAUCAUCCAGUUGCUGGACUCUGACAAUGACGGGAUCCGCACUCACGCCAUCAAAUUUGUGGAGGCACUGAUCAUCACCCUCUCGCCCCGCAUGCCAGACUCGGAGGUACCCAAGCGUCAUGAGAAUGACAUCAGCCUUGACCGGGUUCCUACUGACCACUCCUACAUCAAAUACAACAUCCUGUGGGAAGAAGGGAAAACAGCGCUAGAGCAGCUGCUGAAGUUCAUGGUGCACCCGGCCAUCUCCAGCAUCAACCUGACGGCAGCCCUGGGGUCUCUGGCUUCCAUCGCCCGCCAGCGGCCCAUGUUCAUGUCGGAGGUCAUCCAGGCCUAUGAGACACUGCACGCCAAUCUCCCUCCGACGCUGGCCAAGUCCCAGGUGAGCAGCGUACGGAAGAACCUCAAGCUUCAUCUGCUGAGCGUCCUGAAGCACCCGGCCUCUGUGGAGUUCCAGGCCCAGAUCACCACCCUCUUGAUGGACCUGGGCACGCAGCAGGCCGAAAUCACCCGCAACAUGCCCAACUUGAAAGAGCUGCGCAAGCGCCCGCGGGAUGAAGGCGACCCGGCACUGAAGAAGAUAAAGCUCGAACCAGCUCUUGGGGAGGAUGAUGAAGAUAAAGACCUGGAGCAGGUGGCAGCGCCAGCCCCCAAGCCCUCCAUUCAAGUCAGCAUGCAGUCGGACAUCGACAUAACAGCGGAAUUCCUCCAACCCCUCUUGACUCCGGAUAACGUGGCCAACCUGGUGCUCAUCAGCAUGGUCUAUCUCCCCGAGAACAUGCCUGCGUCCUUCCAAGCGACUUACACACCUGUGGAAUCCGCCGGCACUGAAGUCCAGAUCAAACAUCUCGCCCGGCUCAUGGCGACCCAGAUGACGGCUGCUGGACUGGGACCUGGGGUAGAGCAGAUCAAACAGGCCAAGGAAGCGAUUAAAGAAGAGAAAAUGCCCAAGCCGGAAAGUGUGCUGAUCAAACGACGCAUCUCCACACUCAAUCUGGGCCAAGCCAUUUCCGUGGUGGGAGCUCAAAGCUCCACGUCUUCCCCUGUGACAGAGUCUGGGCUGCUACAGGCAAAGCGACGUCCAGAACCAAUCAUACCUUCCACCCAGCCUAGGUUGGCUGGGGCCAGUGCCCGCAAGAAAAUCUUCCGCCUGAGUGAUGUGGUCAAGCCUCUCGUAAACGCGCAGAAGGACAAGCUGAAGCUGGCCGCCGUGAAGCGGAUCCUGCGCUCGGAGAAAGCCGUGGCUUCCAGCGGGGCAGCCCAAGCUCGGGUGAAGAUCCUCUCUUCCCUGGUGACCCAGUUCGAGGUCCCUCUGAAGAGCGAAGUCCUCACCUUCAUCCUGGAUGACACCCGGAACCGUCUGGACCUUGCUUUUGCUUGGCUGUACCAGGAGUACAACGCCUACCUCAGCCAGUACCCCUCCGGCGUGCUCAACAACUAUGACGAGUGUCUCAUUGGGUUGCUUUCCGGUCUUCAGGAGAAGCCGGAUCAGAAGGACGGAAUCUUCACCAAGGUGGUUCUAGAAGCCCCUCUGAUCACGGAGAGCGCCCUGGAAGUCAUCCGGAAGUACUGUGAAGAUGAAAGCCGCACUUAUCUGGGCAUGUCGACUCUUCGGGACCUGAUCUUCAAGCGCCCGGCGAGGCAGUUUGAGUAUCUGCAUGUUCUCUUGGACCUCAGCUCCCACGAGAAAGACAAGGUGCGCCAGCAAGCACUGCUGUUCAUCAAGCGAAUGUAUGAAAAAGACCAGCUGCGGGAAUAUGUGGAGAAGUUUGCACUGAAUUACUUGCAGCUCCUGGUCCAUCCGAAUCCUCCCUCUGUCCUCUUUGGAGCUGACAAAGAUACAGAGGUGGCUGCUCCCUGGACAGAAGAGACCAUCAAGCAUUGCCUGUACCUUUACCUGGCUCUCCUGCCCCAGAACCACAAGCUGAUCCAUGAACUGGCGUCCGUCUACACUGAGGCCAUUGCCGACAUCAAGCGCACGAUCCUCCGAGUGAUUGAGCAGCCGAUCCGCGGGAUGGGGAUGAAUUCCCAGGAGCUGCUGAAAUUGGUUAAAAACUGCCCCAAGGGCGCAGAGACCCUGGUGACUCGCUGCCUGCACAGCCUGACGGAUAAAGUUCCUCCGUCUCCAGAGCUGGUGAAGCGGGUUCGAGAUCUGUACAACAAAAGACUUCCGGAUGUCCGAUUCCUUAUUCCUGUCCUCAAUGGGUUGGAAAAGAAAGAGGUGAUCCAAGCCCUCCCAAAACUCAUCAAGCUGAACCCCAUAGUUGUGAAAGAGGUUUUUAACCGCCUCCUGGGAACACAGCAUGGCGAAGGCAAUUCUGCCGUUUCCCCUCUGAAUCCCGGGGAAUUGUUGAUUGCCCUGCACAGCAUAGAUUCCACCAAGUGUGACAUGAAGUCCAUUAUCAAAGCCACCAAUCUAUGCUUUGCUGAACGCAACGUGUACACGUCGGAGGUGCUGGCCGUGGUGAUGCAGCAGCUGAUGGAACAGAGUCCGCUGCCCAUGCUUCUCAUGCGGACUGUGAUCCAGUCACUGACCAUGUAUCCGCGCCUGGGUGGUUUCGUCAUGAAUAUUCUUUCCCGCCUCAUCCUAAAGCAGGUGUGGAAGUACCCCAAAGUGUGGGAGGGCUUCAUCAAGUGCUGCCAGCGCACCAAGCCUCAGUCCUUCCAGGUCAUCCUCCAGCUGCCUCCCCAGCAGCUCAGCGCCGUCUUUGAGAAGUGCCCGGAGUUGCGGGAGCCUCUUCUGGCCCAUGUCCGCUCCUUCACUCCGCAUCAGCAAGCUCAUGUCCCCAAUUCUACGAUGGCCAUCUUGGAAGCCAGCAACAAGCAAGACUUGGAAGGGAAGGAGAUGCAGGCCCUGGAGGAGGCGAGGAGCACUGCCCCACCAAGGAACAAAGGACUGAGAAGAGAGAGAGAGGAAGAAAUGGAGCCGCAGCCUCUCCUGCCUCGUGUGUCGCAGGAUAUGAUCGCCCUACGCUUGGCACAGGAAAAAGCCCUCAAACGCCAACUGGAAGAAGAACAGAAGCUGAAACUGAAGCAGCAGCAGCAGCCGCCACCUGCCCGUCCUGCAAUCCCACCAACCCCAUUGCCUGCCGAGGACUCUCUAGACUUGCAUGAGGAAGUGCCUGAGGUGGAGACACCCACUAUCUUCAUCAGCAUGCAGGAGGAAGAGGAGAGCUUUGGAGGAGAAAGCUCUCUGCUGGAUUCCAGCUUGGAGGGACCCUGGCCGACCAAGGACCUACCAAGCAAGGAAGGAGGAACAAGCAGCAGCUCAGAUGAAGGAGCCCCAAGCAAACCACCCCUCACCGACGAGUCGGCCCCCACACCAGAAGAGCCUGAGAAGGAAAGUCAGGAGGUGGAGGCGGAUUCACCCGCCCCAGAAGAAGAAGAAGAAGAGCCAAAACCCAGCCUAGAGGAAGAGGAGAAAACUGAGAGCUGAUGGUUGAGAGCAGAGGAGAAUGGAGAGAAAAUACAAAACAGAACACAGAGACUUGGGGAGAUGGGAAAAUGGGAGGGAGCCAACUAGGAAAAGAGCCAGAAGACAGAAAUGGAAAAUAUGAGGUUUCUAAAUAAAGACUUUUAGAUCCUCUG